GAUUGGAGUGGUUGUGUGUAGGAUAUAUUCCGUGAAGUUCCCUCUGCUGCUAAUUAAGGUCACAACAGGGUGGGUUGAAAUCGGAAGAGUUGUAAAUAUUGCUGGCAGUGUAACGCAUAGUGUCCCACUCGUCGUCGAUCUAGUGUCAAUCAGCUAGCAGCACAGGAUGCAGGAGGAUUUUUUAUCUCUCAGUGGGGACGGCUUCAGUGAGAUGGACCCAGAAACUCCAUUCUCAGAGUCUGUUUACUCUUCCUCGGAGGUGUCCAGUACCUCUGGGGAGAAGCCUUACCUGCGGUUUGACCAUCAUACCUUACGGCGUGCCUUCCAGCGAGUAUUCGUAAAGUUGACAGAGAACAUCAUCGUCGAGGACUACUUAGACCAUUUGGUGCAGAGGGAAGUGAUCAACUUGGGGGUGAUGGACGGGAUCAGAUCUAAGGGUAGUGCUCAGGACAUGGCCAGAGAGCUGUUGAUACGAGUCUGGAAGCGAGACGAGGGAUGUGAGGUAAUGAUGGAGCUGUUCCAACACCGAGAUAUCUGUCAACGCCACCUGUAUGUGACAGUGUUCAAAGAGUACAAAUCCCUCAAGAUGCAGUCAAGUGAACUAACAGAGAAGUCAGGGCACAGUUUUAAAGGUAUAACACAAAAUGAUGUAUCAUAUGGAAAAUAUGCAGAGUUUGUGGUAGAAGUUGUACAGUCCCAGACAAUAGAAGGAGGAGGAGGGAGCAUAUCAAACGGUUGUCAGCUUGUCAGAUGCUCCUUAACCCAGAGUGACAACCUGGCAAGCCGUGUCGUACAAGAGCUAAACUGUCUCAUUGUAGAAGAUGGUUGUAAUGAAGAAGAGUAUGUCCGCCUCAUUACCAUGACCUUGACCCCUGUCAACAGCGUGAAAGCUGAGAGCGACUUUGAGUGGGUGGAGUUGUCAAACCUGAUGACAGAGGUCUGUGUAGAUGACCAGUCAGGUGUACAGUUAAAGUGCUACAUCAGAAAGAUCAACUUCUGGCCCUUCAUCUCAGCAUCCCACCGGACAAAUGUAAUAGAUUCACUGUCCUUGGAAGAACACCAAAGCGAUAACCAGGGGAGCUUCACCACAUUGUUCAGAAACAGCAAUGAGCGUAAAAAGGCAGGUUUGGAGAGCCAAUUAGAGAGUGUUCACUUAAUGGAUCCCGCAAGAAAUAGUUUAUCAAACCAGGAAGUAACAUGUUGUGCAAGCAAUGAAACUACAUUAGAACAGGACAGGUCUCGCAGAAGAGGGUAUCAGGUAGACUCAGAGACUGAACUGAGACGACAACCUGAAAGUGCCGAUGAAGACACCCCACCUUCCUUUCCAUCACAAAAAAGGCAGUCUGAAUAUUUCGAUGAAGGCACCCCACCUUCCUUAACACCACGAAGACGACAGUAUGAAAGUCCAGUUGCAGGUGCCCCACCUUCCUUACCAUCACGAAGACAGCAAUCUGAAAGUCCAGAUGCAAACGCCCUGCCUUCCUUUCCAUCACAAAAGCGGCAAUCUGAAAGUCCAGAUGCAAAUGCCCCGCCUUCCUUACCAUCACAAAAGCGGCAAUCUGAAAGUCCAGAUGCAAAUGCCCCGCCUUCCUUACCAUCACAAAAGCGGCAAUCUGAAAGUCCAGAUGCAAACGCCCCACUUUCUUUACCAUCACAAAGACGGCAAUCUAAAAGUCCAGAUUCAAAUGCCCUGCCUUCCUUACCAUCACAAAGACGGCAAUCUGGAAGUCCAGAUGCAAACGUCCCGCCUUCCAUACCAUCACAAAGACGGCAAUCUGAAAGUAUGAACAAUGCUGAGGCUCCAAAAGACUUGUUGGCACUCCUGAGGAAGGUGCCCCUUGGAGUUGGAAAAGAGAAGAUUAAGUCAAGUAAGGUGAUGAACGAUGUCACCAGAAAGAUUGUGAAUAUUUUACAGACAGAACACGAGCUUGUCCUUCGCCCUUUGUAUGCCGGAAGCUCCUUUGAAGGAGCCAAGAUCGAGUCGGCUGACGAAUAUGAUGUGCUACUCAUGCUGGAUGGGAAGGAGCUGGACCCAACACGACAGCAUCCCCAGUUUGCAUCCCUACAUCCCCGUAACCCUGACAACUAUAAGUUUAAAGAGUAUCUGGACUCCGAUGGUUUCCUGGAUCCUGAGAAGGUCAUAUCUCAGAUAUUUGGCUGGACUCAACUCGCGGCAAAUAAACUUUUCCCCAAAGGCCACGAAUAUCAAGUAACUAUCAGCAAAAAUGGACCAGCUGUCAAGUUGUCCAUUAAAUCUGAGCGGAAAUCAGACUUUGGUAAGAUUGAUGUAGACCUGGUUCCUGCCUUUGAAGUGUUGAAUGACAAUUAUGUAGCCAAAUCAUGUAAGACUGAUGUUGAAGCCAAGGCUAUCAAAGGUCGUGUGCCGCAAAAAGAAGUUUUGUGGAGGAAAUCAUUUUCACUGCUGGAGAAGCAGAGGCUGAGCAAAAUCGACAAGGAUGGUGGCUGUCGGAGACAGUGUUUGAGGCUGCUCAAAUUUUUCCGUCUGCGUGAGUCUACCCUGAAGGGAUUGGAUUCCUACCAUUACAAGAUCCUACUGCUGAACGAGUGUCAGCGACUGCCCCAGACCUCAGAAACAUGGGCGGCCAACCAGCUGGCGGAGCGGUUCUGGGGGCUUCUCAACCAGCUGUCACUCUAUCUAGAGCAGAGAAAACUUCCCCACUGCAUUGAUGGUGACAUAAACGUGUUUGAAAACAUUAAAGACAGUGCAAUGGAAAACAUGAGAACACGACUCAAAAGUAUAAUUAAGAAAGGUGUUCCAGAAAUUGAAAAAAUUUUAAACAGAGAUCCAAUAUAGUAUAUAUUGUUAUAUAACACUGCAGUUCAAGAGAGAUCCUAUGUAAUGUAUAUGUAGAUGGUAAUAACGUUGUAAUUCAAAAGAGAUCCUAUGUACCCUAUAUAUAGAUGGUUAUAUAACAUUCUGGUUCUAGAGAGGUCUUUUAUAGUGUAGCUUUUGAUAUACAAAUAUAGUAUUGUGCAUGUAAUUCAAGGUGGCCUAGAUUGUUACACCUGGGACUAAUAUAUCCCAGCUUAUGCAUUAUUUUGCAAUACUGAUUUUGAAAAUACUAUUUUGAAACUGAUUGAGUGAGGUGUAAGAAUAUGAAGCCUAUUAUAAAGAAUGAGCAUAAUUGUCACACAGCAUUCUGCAGCAGUGUUGGUGGUUAGUGUGCUAACGCAGUGACAGAGCAGCCUCUGACCAGUGUGGUGGCUGUGAGUUCAAAUGCAGCUCAUGGUGAAAGGUGUGUUAUCAACCUGCGCGUU